CAAAUCGCCUUAUAAAGGCCUACCGGAGGCGGCCGCCGCUCCGUCGCUACUCACGAGAACGCUUGGCGAACCACUCUCCCACCCAGCUGUCCAAGUCCUGCGCACUUAGCUGAGAUGUCUGCGGAUGAGAUACAGCAGCUGAAGGAGUGGGUGGAGCAGCAGCCGCACCUGCCGCCAGUGCCAGAGGAGCAGCUGCCACUCUUUCUGCGGACAGCCGACGGCGACCUGGAAAAGGCAAAGGAGGGCGUCGACCUGUACUACACGGUGCGCACCCACGCCCCAGAGGCGUUCUCCAACAGGGACCCCCUGAUGCCCGAGUUAGACAACGUCGCUGCACUCUUCCACGUGGCGGCCUCGCCGGUGCUGCACCCUGACGGCUACAUCGUGCUGUUCGCGCGCCUGCUGCCGGACACGGCGGACCGCUUCGUGCACGCGGACGCGCUCAAGUUCUACUGGAUGUGCGAGGACCUGGCCCUGCGCGAGCACCCGGACAACGCCGGCUUCCUCUUCGUGUUCGACCUGAGCGGCAUGUCGCUGCCCCAUCUGGCGCGCCUCAACCUCGUGCUGCUCAGGCAGUACCUCGUCUACACGCAGGAUGCCCUGCCGUCAAAGGUAAUUGGUAACCACAUGGUUAACGUCGUCCCGGCGACGGAGACGUUGAUUAAUAUCAUGAAGCCCAUAAUGAAGAAGGAGCUCUCCGACAAGCUUUUUGUCCAUUCAAAGGACAUGGAAGAAUUUUACAAACACGUACCGAAAUCAGUUCUGCCCAAGGAUUAUGGUGGUGAACUGGACAGCCUCGAAGUCUACCAUAACGAGACGCGGCAGCGGCUGAAGGAGCACCGCGAGUGGUUCCUGUCGGAGCAGUCGCUGCGGGUGGACGAGUCCAGUAGGCCAGGGCGCGGUCUCACCGCCACCGACGUCUUCGGCAUGGAGGGCUCCUUCCGCGCCCUCUCCAUCGACUGAGCGCGCCGCGCCUCACUCGGCCUUCUGCCGCUGUCUCGCUGUACCACGCUCGCUUCCGCUGUAGCCAGUUACCGGCACGGCCCAGCUCAUUCAUAACCUGAGACGGCUUACAUUCUAGUGCACCAUCAACCUUAGGAGAAUUACUUCAACAAGAAUCACGAUUCUUCGCUUUCACUAGUGGUUGGAUAUCCGCAUAUCUCAAGAUUAUCUAGUCGCCCUUCUAAACACACCAAUAUGUUAUCAUUACUAGUUUGUACAAAAAGAAAGUUUGUACAAAAAUAAAAUGGGAAGUGUAGCAAAAUUCUAGGAAACAAAAUUACCUGGCGCAGGAAAUGGUGAGAGUGACAACUGACAGGAUGUUGGUAUGCGUAAUUCUUUAAACAUUCUUUCUUUCUUUCUUUCUUUCUUUUGCUUAUGACGGUUUUCCCGUGGAUACGCAGGGUCGGCAUGGUUAAUCGGAUGUGGCAAUAAUAGUUGAAGGGGUGGCUGGAUGUCCUUCCUGCCGCCACCCCGUACCCCCCCGGAAGGAAUUAGUGCACCCCAACAGUCUGCGACGAUUGUAAUCCAUCGAAUAGUCCGAAAGUGUUCAGAUGUCUGCGAGCCGUGUAACUGAGGCGGGACGUGGAGACCAGCCCGGUAUUCACCUAGAGGGAUGCGGAAAACCGCCUAAAAACAACAUCCAGGCUGGCCGGCACAUCGGCCCUCGUCGUUAAUCCGCCGGGCCGGUGCGCCUACCCGAGUCCAGGAAGCAGCGCAUUAGCGCGCUCUGCUAACCUGGCGGGUGCGUAAUUCCUUAACAAUGUUUACAUUUAUUUAUUGACCAAUUUCAGCUUCUUCGAGUGCAUGCGCAUGAUGUCCGACGCUAGGUGCUCAGCGCUCAAAUUGCCUAAACGCAAAAGCUGAAUUUCUAACACAAUGAAGCAAACGAUGAAAUAAACUGCCCCCUUGGAUUUCACCAACUUUACAAUAACGUUGGCCAAUUUUGUAUUUUACCGAAAACAAUAACACAACCGUAAAAGAAGAGCAGGAAAACACAAUAAUCAGUUUCAUUCGGCAUACCAAAGCUUAGAAUAUAUCCAACCUAAAGCUGACAACAUAACUAGCAAUACACAAGUGUUUAACGAGAGAGCUAAAAUCAGCUGUCGAACACACUAGCCCAAGCUACCCACUGCUGUACGUAAGAAAUGAAAAAAAAAAAUGAAGCAGUGAAUGCCGACAAAAAG